AUGACAGAUUAUGGUUAGCCUGCUAUAGGGCUUAAUCAGGCAUUAUUCUAGUGGCUGUCAAAAUGGAUGCCUUGUUGCAGCUUGUUGUUUUGAAGAAGUUGUUUGACAUACCUCUUUCUUUCCCUCCCUCCCUCCCUCCCUCCUCUCUCCAAUCCUUCUUUCUCGGUAGGCUUUAGGACGGGAGGGUAGGGAGGGAGUGAGGGAGUGAGGGUGAGGGAUGGAGUGUCGUUUGGCGGUGGAGGGGAGGCGAUUUCUGUAGUUUCGAGUUCGUUAUUUUUCUUUAUUUCUGUCUUCUUUGUCUUCUUCUUUCUUUCUUUCUUCUUCUUUAUUUCUUUCUUUCUUUCUUUCUUUCUUUCUCUUUCUUCUUUCUUCUUUAUUCUUUCUUCUUUCUUCCCCCUCCCUCCCUCCCUGCGGUCCUCAACCCUUUCUACAUCUUCCCGCUUCUUCAGUGCUGAUCCUGCAUGGAGCGCUGACGAGUACUACUACUAUGCCAGCAGCCAUCGUCUUUAUGUCGGUCAUUUCCAUAGCUACCUCGCUGUACACCAUCAAAAAGGUAUGUCUGCCACCGCCCCUUGAGCUCCUCUAUGCCUUGUUCUCUUUCUUCCCUUUCUGACUCUCUCAUUCCCUCUCAUCCACCAUCUUAUACCUUCCGCCAUUUUGAAAAAUGUAUUCAAUAAUCAAAAGGUGAGUCUGGGGCCUUGCUGAACUGGCCAGAACCAGGCUGAACUGGGCUAAUUUGGACUAAGCCAGAGUUUAGCCCCCUCCCCACUCUAGGGCCCUGGGUUCACCCCCUUACAAUCACACUGCAUUAAUAGAUAGAUGGAGGGAGGGAGGUGAAGGGGUGGAGGCUUCUCCCGGGGCCCUAGGUUUACAGAAAGAGAAGGAGAAAGCCCCCCUUAGAAUCACAUAGCAUAUGGAAGAGGGAGAUAAAGAAGAAGGGAAUGGAUGGAGAGAGGGGGGAUGGCUGGAUGGGUCUUCUCUGGAAGUCUUCUCUGGAACUUUCAAGGGACAUUGAGAAUCUAUUAACCAGAGGCCUGUUUUUGUAGCGCCUGAUGUGUGGUUCUGCUUAUUUGCUGUUCUCCUUCUUUUCAGCAAUACGUCAUGCUUCAUGACAUGGUGUCAGCACACAGUAUUGUCCGAGUUUCAGUCUGCAGAGCCAGCAACGGUUUGUCUAAUAUACCUCACUAAGAUUUCAUUACAUUUGACUAGUGUUCAAUUCGCCACUAGAACGGCACACUUUUCCGUGUGUGUGUGCACGCCCACAGCGGGCUCAGGCUGUGCAUAUGAUGCCUCAGCACUUUCCCCCUGCUGCCCAGAGGGGCGUGAGUAAUGAGAGAUGUGCUGAACAAGACUGGGGCUCUGACGCACAGAAUACCUCUCUUUUCUCCUCCUCUCUUCCCUCCACUCCUCUCUCUCCCACUCCUCUCACUCCCUCCCUCUCCUCUCACUCCCUCCCUCCCUCUCCUCUCACUCCCUCUCUCCCCCUCCUCUCACUCCCUCCCCCCCUCCUCUCACUCCUCCUUCCUCUCACUCCCUCCCUCUCCUCUCCCCCUGUCUCCACACCUACUCUCCUCCCCUCUGUGUUGAAUCCUAAUAGACAUCGAGGAGGCCCUGUCCACUGACCUGGUGCCCGGCGACGUCAUGGUCAUCCCUAGCAACGGGACCAUCAUGCCGUGCGACGCGGUGCUGGUCAGCGGCACCUGCAUCGUCAACGAGAGCAUGCUGACGGGUGAGACUUGGAGAUUCUGCCUUCUCUCGCUCUUGCUCACUCUCUGUCACUGCUGGACACUUUCCAAAUACAAAAUUCUAAAUUAUAUUUAUUUUACAUUUGUGCAAAGCCUCACACAACACUACACUCUGUAAAUACUUAUGCAAGGCAUCAAAGCUCCCAGACUCACCCUCAGUCUCCCCUCCCCCCUCCUGUCCCUGUCUCUUCCUCCUCCCCCCCAGGCGAGAGUGUGCCAGUCACCAAGACCAACCUCCCCAACCCGGGCGAAGGGGACAAGGAGGGCGACGGGGCCUACAGCAUGGAGGAGCACAAGAGACACACCCUCUUCUGUGGCACGCACGUCAUCCAGACCCGCUUCUACUCAGGGGAGCUGGUCAAGGCAGUGGUGGUCCGCACAGGUUAGCCGUGGGUGUCCGUCCGUGUCCUCAGUCACAACACACUCAAUAUACCUUUUCACAUUUUUGUACGAUCAUGAUCUGCUCUUCCAUAGUAAAAUAAGUCAAAUAAGGAGCAUUUACCAUAUUCUGAAUUUAGCCGUCUAAACACUCCCCCCCCCCCCCCCCCCCCCCCAGGUUUCAGCACGGCUAAGGGCCAGCUGGUGCACUCCAUCCUGUACCCCAAGCCCACCGACUUCAAGCUGUACCGCGACGCCUACCUCUUUCUGUUGUGCCUGGUGGCUAUAGCUGGCAUCGGCUUUGUCUACUCCAUCGUCCUCAGCAUCAUGAACAAUGUACUGGGCCACACCGUACACUAUACUCUCACUGGGCUACUGCUAGGCUGGGGAGAAAGACAGGGUAGAGGGAGAGUGACUAGUCCUAUAGAGGCUGUAGAAGGUGUCUAGGUCACAGUGGAUUGUGGUCAAAGCAUUUCAUUGGAAAAUGGAACAAAAAAGAUUUUUAUGUCUAUUUAGCUUCACGUCCAAUUCCUACAUUAACCCCUGUUGUAUUGGCAUUUUCUCCUUGCCUUCUCUACUGUACCCCAGGUGCCAGCCAAGACCAUCAUCAUCGAGUCCCUGGACAUCAUCACCAUCACCGUGCCCCCUGCGUUGCCCGCUGCCAUGACUGCAGGCAUCGUGUACGCCCAGCGCCGCCUCAAACGCAUCGGCAUCUUCUGCAUCAGCCCCCAGAGGAUCAACAUCUGUGGCCAGCUCAACCUGGUCUGCUUCGACAAGGUGGACACACACACACAUACACACACACACACCUACCUCACACAUUGGUAGAGGAGAGGCUGUGCUUGGGAAACUAGUUGUGGUCUGGUGAUCUGAUAUGGUAAUCGCCCUGCUCAACAGUUAGUGCUGUAUAUUUACUUUAAAGAAAGGGUCAUCUCCCCUAUUCACUAUUUCUGUGCUUCUCUCCUCAGACGGGUACACUCACAGAGGAUGGAUUAGACCUGUGGGGAGUCCAGAGAGUGGAGAAGGGGACUUUCCACCUGUCAGAGGAGAAUGCCUACAAGGACACUCUGGUCAAGUCCCAGUUUGUAGCCUGCAUGGCCACCUGCCACUCUCUUACCAAUAUCGAUGGCAAGCUGUCCGGAGACCCUCUGGAUCUGAAGAUGUUCGAGGCCACAGGCUGGGUGAGUGACUGAAACUUUACCUUUAACCCCUAACCUAUGUGUCCUUCACUCUUUCUUUACUCAAACAAUUUGUUUUCAUGCUCAGAAUUGUUGACUCAAAAUAUGGUAAACAAGUUGCUUUGAGAGAUUUUCCGGCCUUCUAUUUUCGGAACAUAUAUUUGCUUCCCCCUGACUUUCAAUGUUGUUCCGAUCACACUUAUGGUAUCCAUUUUGAGAUGCUGGUAAGUUGAAUUCUCGACUUUCGAUGCCGCUUAGACUUUCUCACGUUGACUCCUCUCCUGACGGUGUCUUCUCUGCUACCUCCUCUCCCUGUCAGAUCCUGGAGGAGGCCACUGAGGAGGAAACCUCACUCCACAACCGUAUCAUGCCCACCGUGGUCCGGCCCCCCAAAGCAGCUGAUGCCCCCUGAGCCCGUCAUGUCACCCGAACAGGACAUGGUACGAACAGGUUACCCCUCCUGAGAGCAAGGCUCAGUGCUGCCCCCAAUGGACACCCACCAUAAGCAUUGAUCACGUCUCCCUCAUCACAUGUUGAUUUUGUCUGUUGCUGUUAGCUCUUGGUCAUGUGUAAACGUUUAAGUUCCUUCAUGUUAAUCAUAGUUCUGAAUGGUACCUGGGUUUUAUAUGUUCACAUUCUAUGGACCUCUCGCAUUCUUUGAAAUGCACUGUUUGAUUGUACAUUCACUCUGUUUACUUCACUUUCACAUUGUAGGAGCUGUAUGAGUUGUCGGUAAGUAGUGUAAUCUCUCAUGUUUUUAAUAUUUAUUGUAGAUUUACUUAGAGGUGAAAGAUCUGGAGGUGAAAGGUUAUUGUGUGUUGUAUCUCCAUGCAGUCGGCCUAUGAGAUUGGGAUUGUGCGUCAGUUCCCCUUCUCCUCGGCGCUGCAGAGGAUGUGUGUGGUGGCCCGUCUGCUGGGGGAGAAGCGCAUGGACGCCUACCUCAAGGGGGCGCCAGAGGUGGUGGCCAGCUUUCAAGUGUAAGAAAAGCCCACGUUUCAGGUCUCUUUAAUUCAUUUACUCAAUGAAUUUGACUAUCACUGUUGCAGACGGUCUAUCAUGAGAUCUAUUACGGUUCGUAUAGUAAUGAUAUACUGCUGCUACUGAAUUUUUCGUCUUGCUCUAACCAAGUGAGUCAUCGACCCUUCUCUGUUCAUCCUCUCUGCGUGUUGAUCUGUCCCAGCCAGUCAGUUCUCUCAUGCGUCUUGCUCUUUUCCUUCUCUCUCCUAGAGUUCUGCGCCAUCUCCGCUCGUGUCUCUCUCUCUCUCUCGCUGUCUCUCGUCUCUCUCGUGUCUCUCUCUCUCUCUCUGCUGUUCUCUCUCCUCUCUCGCUGUUCUCUCUCUCCCUCACUGUCUCUCUCUCUCUCGUCUUCUUCUUCGCUUUCUUCUCCUCUCUCUCUCGCUUGUCUCUCUCGCUGUCUCUCUUCGCUGUCUCUCUCUCUCGCUGUCUCUCUCUCUUCGCUGUCUCUCUCUCUCGCUGUCUCUCUCUCUCUCGCUGUCUCUCUCUCUCUCUCUCGCUGUCUCUCUCUCGCUGUCUCUCUCUCUCUCGCUGUCUCUCUCUCGCUGUCUCUCUCUCUCUCGCUGUCUCUCUCUCUCUUGCUGUCUCUCUCUCGCUGUCUCUCUCUCUCGCUGUCUCUCUCUCUCGCUGUCUCUCUCUCUCUCUCGCUGUCUCUCUCUGUCUCUCUCUCUUGCUGUCUCGCUGUCUCUCUCUCGCUGUCUGUCUCUCUCUCGCUGUCUCUCUCGCUGUCUCGCUCUCGCUGUCUCUCUCGCUCUCUCUCUCUCUCUGUCUGUCUGUCUGUCUGUCUGUCUGUCUGUGUAGUUCCAGAAGACUUUGCAGAGGUUCUGGAGGACUACACCAAGCAGGGCUUCCGGGUUAUCGCCUUGGCCCACCGCCGCCUCGAGUCCAAACUCACCUGGCACAAAGUCCAGAAUGUCAACAGGGAUCACAUCGAGGCCAACAUGGAGUUCCUGGGGCUGAUCAUCAUGCAGAACAAGCUGAAGGCUGAGACCUCCGGGGUACUGGAGGACCUCCGCAGGGCACACAUCCGCACCGUCAUGGUCACUGGUGAGAAAGCUGGCACAUGCCCAUGUUUAACAUAUAAACAGACAUUCAGUAACACACAAAAUGUAUCCUCCCUCCCUGGGAAGUAAUCACUGAUCGGAUUUGAUUGGAUCUGUGAUAACCAUGCAGUAGACUUGCAUGCCAAUGGUCUUGGAUCAGUGAGUUUCAUUUUAGUAUUAGUACAGGGCCCUUGCUUCAGGUAUUAGGCCAUUUUAUAUGUUUUAUUUAUAUGCCAUUUAGCAGACGCUAUUGUCCAAAGCGACUUAUAGUCAUGAGUGCAUACAUUUUACAUAUGGGAAUCAAACCCACAAUCCUUGCGUUGCAAGCGCCAUGCUCUACCUACUGAGCCUUACAGGACCACUAUCAGACGUCAUUCUCUAAUGACAACCACUAGUGCCCAUUCAUACUGUAGCAAUGCCUCACACACAGAUAAUGUGAGGGUGGCUGUGAGGAGCUUGGGGUUUUUGUUGUGGUUCUCAAAGCUUGGUGGAGGUAUUCCUGGAAUCCUGACUAAUAAAGUUCUGGGUCUUGCAGCUUAACGGGCAGAAAGCUCCAAAGGCCAGCCCGGUCUCUCUCUCUUUUGCGCUCUCUCUCUCACUCUGUCGCUUUCAGCACUGUAAAUGUAAUCAAACAAUCAGAUAGCAUUUCGGCGCCCGCCAAGUCCAGAGCCAAUACGUGCAUUUUGGCGCCCGCCAAGUCCUUUCAUGCGGACCGCUGGUCCAGAGCCAGUACGCGCAGGCCCCGCCCUCAGAACAGCCUCAAUUCGUCAGGGCAUGGCCUCUACAAGGUGUCAAGUGUUCCACAGGGAUGCUGGCCCAUGUUGACUCCAAUGAUUCCCACAGUUGUGUCACGUUGGCUGGAUGUCCUUUGGGUGGUGGAGCAUUCUUGAUACACACGGGAAACUGUUGAGCAUGAAAAUACCCAGCAGCGUUGCAGUUCUUGACACACUCAAACUGGUACGCCUGUCACCUACUACCAUACCCCGUUCAAAGGCACUUAUAUAUUUUGUCUUUCCCAAUCACCCUCUGAAUGGCACACAUACACAAUCCAUGUCUCAAUUGUCUCAAGGCUUAAUAAUCCUUAUUUAACCUGUCUCCUCCCCUUCAUCUACACUAAUUGAAGUGGAUUUAACAGGUGACAUCAAUAAGGGAUCAUAUCUUUUACCUGGAUUCACCUGGUCAGUCUGUCAUGGAAACUGUGUUCUUAAUGUUUUGUAUACUCAGUGUAACAUCUCUCCUCUCCUCCAGGUGACAACAUGUUGACGGCCAUCUCGGUGGCCAGGGACUGUGGCAUGAUUCCCCCUCAGGACCAGGUCAUCAUCGCCGACGCGCUGCCCCCCAAACAUGGCCAGGCGGCCAAGAUCACUUGGCGCUACGCAGACAACACUAGCAAACACGCAGGCAUAGCCCCACGCCUGGAGGUGAGGGUCCCCUGGUGGUGGGUGUGGCUCAUUACAGCUCCGACAGACAGACAGACAGACAGGACAGACAGACAGACAGACAACCACACACACGGAUCCCCCUCAGAGCCAUGCAGGAAAACAUCAGAAACUCAGAAAUAGCCCAGUGACCACACACAGCAGGAAUGGAUGAGGUCACACAGCCAGCCAGUCAUUGUGUCAGAUUGUCUAGAUGCUAUCAGGGAUAUGAAUAUUUAGUGGCAUACCUUGAGGUCUCCACAUCAGUUAAUAUGGAAACUGAAGUUAUUAGUCUCUAGCUUGAAUGAUUAUUAAUCUACAUAAGCCAUGUUGUACCAUUCAAUCAUUUGCAAAACGUCAUUCUUCCCUUGCUCACCUGCACCUGCUUUGCCCCGCCCCUUCCUGUCCCAACAGGAAGUAGAGAUCAGUCUAGAGGAUAUGCGUCACACUCACAAGCCUCAGGACCAGUACCACUUUGCUAUGAGCGGCAAGUCAUUCGCUGUCAUCACCGAGCAUUUUCAGGACCUGCUGCAGAAGGUAACGGGACAGAAGUCACUGUAACACCACCCCUCCAUUCCCCAAUAAACACAGCUACUGCUGUUGUGAUUUGGUUGUCUAAUGCAUUGUUGUUGACCUAUCUGGUGUAGUUGGUGCUGCAUGGCACAGUGUUUGCCAGAAUGGCCCCCGACCAGAAGACUGAGCUCAUAGAGGCACUGCAGAGUGUGGAGUGAGUAGAACAUUUGUUGACACAAAUAGUGAAAAAAUAUUUCAUUAAUUACAUUUACAAACAGUAAAUUAUCUUCUCUUUCCCCAUCUGCAGUUAUUUUGUAGGCAUGUGUGGAGACGGCGCAAAUGAUUGUGGUGUAAGUACAGACCUCUUUGAAAGCAUGCAGAUAGAAGUAAAGACAUUAUGUCAUUCCUUUAAAUUUGCUUAAUGUUUCUUUCGACUUUCUACCCCCUCCUCACCCUUGCUCUCCAGGCUUUGAAGAGGGCUCACGGUGGGAUCUCUCUCUCUGAGCUGGAGGCCUCCGUAGCCUCUCCCUUCACUUCCAGGACCCCCAACAUCUCCUGUGUGCCUAGCCUCAUCAGGUAGGCCUUCCUUGGGCCUCGAGCAUCAGCUGAACAUGGCUGACAAACUAACACCAGCCUACUGCCAAGCUAAGAGGCUAAUCAGUCAGCCUUAUAAACUUGCAUGCUGACUCACUCGUUUAUGCCUCCAUAAAAAACGACUAUUUCUCCACAGAGAGGGGCGAGCGGCUCUCAUCACCUCCUUCUGUGUGUUCAAGUUCAUGGCCCUCUACAGCAUCAUCCAGUACAUCAGUGUCACCCUUCUCUACUCUGUGAGUACAGUACCCCUCUCUUAGUCUCUGCACUCCUGUCAGGAGAUUUCCUCAGAGAUCCUAUCAAAUAUGUCAUUCUAUGGAUUUACUCUCUGGCGUAUACAGUAGCUGACCUCUGACCUUAUCUCUCUGUAACCCUGUCAGAUCCUCAGUAACCUGGGAGACUUCCAGUUCCUCUUCAUCGACAUCGCAAUCAUCCUCCUCGUAGUCUUCACCAGUAAGUAAAGCAACACCAGUUAGAUUGAGCUUUAUGUUAUCGCAAAGUUCACUUUUUGAUGCUGCAGACAUUAUACUUGUUUGAUCUACUACCAACUUUGCUUGGUUUGUACUUAACUCUCAACCCAUUCGAUCUUCUGGUUCCGUACUUCUCUCUCUUUCUCUCCCACCUUCUCUGUCCAGUGUCUCUGAACCCAGCGUGGAAGGAGCUGGUGUCGAGGCGUCCCCCCUCAGGUCUGAUCUCAGGCCCUCUGCUGUUCUCUGUGCUGACUCAGAUCCUCAUCUGUCUGGGCUUCCAGACCAUUGCCUUCCUCUGGGUCCGACACCAGGACUGGUACCACAUCUGGACACCACAGUCCGAGUGAGUCCAAGUUCAACCCCCAAGAUAACUACUGGACCUAUUGAAAACACACCAUUGGGAGGAUAGCAGUAACAAUCUAGAAUCACCAAUGAAUCACCAAUAAGACAACAGUUCCAAUGCAAACACACCAAUAAGACACCUGUAACAAAACACCAAUGAGACAACAGUACCAGACUCAAAACAAACCAAUAAGCCAACUGUAAACACAGUAAUAUCAUUAGCCGUGAAUGUCUUCCUGUAUGUCAUUACCGCAAAGAGUAGGGACAUUGACAGUCAGCUUUUGACUUGUAAAGCUGCUUUGUGCUAAAUAUCUCUGACUGUGUGUGUGUCUGUGCGCCCUGUGUGUGUCUCUCCUCUCCCAGUGCCUGCAACUCGUCCCUCCAUGCCAACUUCUGGCCAGAACACAACUCCUCAGAGGAGAGGGACGACCACAACAUCAAGAACUACGAGAACACCUCCCUGUUUUACGUCUCCUCCUUCCAGUACCUCAUCGUGGCCAUCGUCUUCUCCAAGGGAAAGCCCUUCAGACAGCCCAGCUACAAAAACUGUGAGGAUCACUACUUACACCAAUGUUCCCCACGUACCUUAGUGUUGGUUCUAAAAUUGGUUUGAGAUUGGUUGGAAGUGCACCAUUGUGGUGAGUAUUCUUUGCUGUGUGACUGACAUGUAGGUUUUAUCGUUUCUCUUUCCGUCUCUGCAGGGCCUUUUGUGGUGUCAUGUAUUGGCCUGUACAUAUUUCUGUUCUUCAUCAUGUUUUACCCUGUGUCUGCUAUCGAUGAAUUCCUAGAGGUGAGUGGACGUCAACCACGAGAGACAAGCUUUAUACAGAUAUUAGCCUCAAGCUUCGGUUGAAUUGGGUCCUACAAUAGUGACAUUGUGAAUGUGCUCUUGUGAAUCUUUCUCUUUUAUUUUUCGAUCUAGAUUGUGUGUGUUCCGUUUCAAUGGAGAAUCACUCUGUUCUUCAUCAUCAUAGCCAAUGCAGCCUUGUCUGUCUUAGUGGAGGUAAGAUACACACACACACACACACACACACACACAUACACAUCAGAGAGAUGUGCGCUGUUCUUUUUUGCAGUAUUCUGAGCUCUCUUUACCCCAUGUUACAUAGGUCAUUUUCUCAUGUACAGUUUUUGUUUUGUCAUGCAAUGUUUUCAUCAGUGGUGCUUAGGUUCAGUCAGGUGGUGCUGGAUUGUGUGUUGACUGUGUCCUACUGACCGACUGGAGAGUGACUGUGGCCUACUGGAGAGUGACUGUGGCCUACUGGAGAGUGACUGUGGCCUACUGGAGAGUGACUGUUGUGUGUUGACUGUGACCUACUGUCGCAGAAUGUUAACGGAUGAAGCUGAGGGCUGAGACAGUGUCUGUCUGUGACGUACCAUUUGACUACCUUUUCAUUAUGAGAAAGCCUGACACUGCCUUGUCUUUCAUCGAUGUAACCCAAUGAAAAGAAACUCUAACAUUAGCGGACACCACACAACGGGUGAGUAUCCAGGAACACAAAGAAGAAGGAACAUUCUAUUUCUAGAUAGAUCUGAUAUUUAUUGACGGGACAUACAAAAACAGGCUUACGUUUCGGCUUAAUCGCCUUCAUCACAUAAUUCCUACCUGUAAAUACAACCUGCAAUCACCACAGUGACUGUCACACUGUAAACCACUCAUUAAAUCUAAUGGGUGGUUGGUUACGCACCCAGUUCCUUUUCUCUCUCAAUCUCCAAGUGUCAGAAAAUGAUGACCUUGAGCUUUGUGGCCCAAUGAUAGAUGGCUCACCAGUGAUUUACUAUUAGAAAAUGCCUCUGGCUUGCCCUGCACAGUAGAGCAGAAGCACUACAGAAAGUAUUCACACCCCUUGACUUUUUCCACAUUUUGUUGUUACAGCCUGAAUUUAAAAUAGAUUAAAUUUAAGAAAAAACAUUUCACUGGCCUACACGCAAUACCCCAUAAUGUCAGUGGAUUCUUUUUUUUUCUUGUUUUACAAAUUAAAAUAAAAUGGAACAGCUGCAAUGUCUUGAGUCAGUAAGUAUUCAACCCCUUUGUUAUGGCAAGCCUAAAUAAGUUCAGGAGUAAAAAUGUACUUAACAAGUCACAUAAGUGCAUGGACUCACUGUGUGCAAUAAUAGUGUUUAACAUAAUUUUUGAAUGACUACCUCAUCUCUGUACCCCACACAUACAAUUAUCUGUAAGGUCCCUCAGUCGAUCAGUGAAUUUCAAACACCGAUUCAACCCCAAAGACCAGGGAGGUUUUCCAAUGCCUCGCUAAGAAGGUCACCUAUUUGUAGAUGGGUAAAAAUACAAAAAGCAGACAUUGAAUAUCCCUUUGAGCAUGGUGAAGUUAUUAAUUACACUUUGGAUGGUGUAUCAAUACACCCAGUCACUACAAAGGUACAGGCGUCCUUCCUAACUCAGUUGCCGGAGAGGAAGAAAACCGCUCAGGGAUUUCACCAUGAGGCCAGUGGUGACUUUAAAACAGUUUGCAUUUAAUGGCUGUGAUAGGAGAAAAUUGAGGAUGGAUCAACAACAUUGUAGUUACCCCACAAUACUAAGCUAAUUGACAGAGUGAAAAGGAAGCUUGUACAAAAUAUUACAAAACAUGCAUCCUGUUUGCAACAAGGCACUAAAGUAAUACUGCAAAAAAUGAGGCAAAGCAAUUAACUUUUUGUCCUGAAUACAAAGUGUUAUGUUUGGGGCAAAUCCAAAACAACACAUUACUGAGUACCACUCUCCAUAUGUUCAAUCAUAGUGGUGGCUGCAUCAUGUUAUGGGUAUGCUUGUAAUCGUUAAGGACUAGAGUUUCAGGAUUUCAAAAAAACAAAAUGGAAUGGAGCUAAGCACAGGCGAAAACCUGGUUCAGUCUGCUUUCCACCAGACACUGGGAGAUGAAUUCACCUUUCAGCAGAACAAUAACCUAAAACACAAGGCCAAAUCUAAAUUGGAGUUGCUUACCAAGAAGACUGUGAAUGUUGCUGAGUGGCCGAAUUACAGUUUUGACUCAAAUCUGCGUGAAAAUCUAUGGCAAGACUUGAAAAUGGUUGUCUAGCGAUGAUCAACAACUUGAUAGAGAUUGAAGAAUUCAGAAAAUAAUAAUAGGCAAAUAUUGUACAAUCCAGGUGUGCAAAGCUCUUAGAGACUUACCCAGAAAUACUCACAGCUGUAAUCGCUGCCAAAGGGGAUUAUAACAUGUUUUGACUCAGGGGUGUGAAUACUUAAGUAAAUGAGAUAUUUCUGUAUUUAUUUUUUCAAAUAUUUGCUCAAUUUUCUAAAAUCAUGUUUUCACUUUGUCAUUAUGGGGUAUUGUGUGUAGAUGGGUGAGAGAAAAACAUAUUUAAUCCAUUGUGAAUUCAGGCUGUAACAAUAAAAUGAGGAAUAAGCCCAUGCACAGCUUAGCAGUGACACAAGAUGAUGCUCUCUCCAAAGCUGCCAACCUCUCACUCCCCAACCAAUGACGUUCAAUGGUUAAUCACCAGCAACAGAUCUGUCACAAAACAAAAUCACAACAAAAUCCACUUUAAAAAGCUUCUGUUGUAGAUUUAGAUAACUCGCACAGCCCUGAAAUCACCCUAAAUGUCCUUUCAAUAGUUUGACUAUUCAAAAAAACAAAUGUACAAAAUCUUCUUGAGAAAAGCUGUGUGAUCAGGUAGCGACUCUACUCUUUGUAAUUAUUUCCUGCCCACUGCGCCUAUUAUUCCAUAGACCCUCGUCCUUGACGUCGUCUUAUGGAAGCUUGUCUUCAGCCGAGACAAGCAGGGCAGCUAUGGCACCACACACGGCGCUCCAACAAAACAGGUUGGGAAUUCUGACGCGCCUCCUCUCUUCCACCGUCGCUUUUCACCUCCCCCUAUGCCCCCCCCUCCUUCUUCUUUCCUCUCCUCCUCUCCUUCUCUCUUUUUCAGUCACCCAGCACUCUUUCUAUAUAACCUCCCCAGACCUUGCAUGUGCAUACCUGAUUGCUCUCUGCCUCCUCUCUUUCGCCCCCUGGUUGGUCUCCUGUGUUAUUACUCAUCUGGGAGCAUGAUUGCCCCAGUCUUCACUCCUGUCUAUCUAAAGUUCCAGCAUUAGUACAGACGUUGCUCCGGUAAGCUCCCCAGGUUGCAUGCACCUCACUGUAAGCCGCUAACAGAGUGGAAAUAGCAUGGCCUAGAUCAGGUAUGUAUACACUGCAGGCUAGCUGAGAAUGGUAUGUCCCACACAUUGUGUGACUCUUGGCCUCCUUCCAUAUGUAGCAGGUAAAAUGUGCUCCAAUUUCCAAUUGCAAAUAGUCACACUUACCUUUUUUGUUGAACUGCGGUAUCUUAGCUUGUCUGCUUGUUUUUAGGUAAUUCUCUGACAGAAAAACAUCGAUCCCCAAAACGUAUUGCCAUGCUGGACGUUAAUUUGAAUGGCCUAAGAACAUUUUCUGUUGAGGGGAAAGUUCCCCAGGAAAUGAUUUAAUUGUUUCAAUUAUUAACCAAAACAAUGUGCAUUUGCAAUAAAGUGAACCAAUCUGAAUCCCAUCGCUACCUUCUUUUGGUUAUGUAGUGCAUGUGAUAUCAUUCUACUGUCUAAAGGCAUGAAAAUAAAAAUAUAUAAUUUAAAGGGAUCAAUUGGAAAGAGAAUAAAUGGGGAAACCUAUCCAUAGAGGAAUAAAAUAUUCAUUGUUUUCUUUUCCCUUUCCCACCAUUCUCGUUGUUGUUAUCGUUGUUUCCAGGGGGGCAUUGACCUCUGGGGACCCAAGUGUCUGUCGUGGCUGUGCUGCCGGCGAAGGAAGGUACCCAAGGCGCGCUACAUGCACCUGGCCCAGGAGCUUAGCGUGGACCCCGACUGGCCCCCCAAACCCACCACCACCACCGAGGCCAAGCCCCUGCUGCCCGGUAACCCCCCUGAAAACGGCUCCUCCUACCAGAUCAUGGCCGACUCCUAGCACCCCCCCGCCCCCCACUUUGCUAAAGCAGACACUCACACAUACACACACACGACCAAAAGGACAAAAAGAAACGGUGGUCUAUGGAAAGAAGGAGGAGAAAGCUAGGGUGAUGGUAGAAAAAUGUUUUGGGGUGAAGAAGUGGUAGUGUGGAGCUCUCCAUGCUCUUUGUUGCUCAGAUCCAGCACACUGUUCAGACCCUGGCUGAUCUACGUAACCCUCACCAACCAACACCCCCUGGUAUACAAUUGUUGGUCUACUACACAAAUACACCCCCAGGAUGGUCUACUCUAUAUCCACCCCGCCUUCUCCUCCACAACCUCAGCUGGUCUACCUGCAGUCCAAGAGUCCAUGUUUUCCACAGGCUGGGUCCUGUGGCAGUCAGACCCCUUUGUCAUUAUGAGUUUAAUCAUUGCCUCACUGCUUUUUAACCCUUGCAGAAAUAUGCAGCGAACUGACAAACUCCAAUCUUAGUUUUAAAACGAUAAUGAUUUCUACAAUUGUUAUUGCUGUCGCCGUGAUUCCUCCAGGAGCUCCAGAUCUUCUCCCAUUUGCGUUUGUUUGUAAGCAGCCACCAGACAUCUCCACUAACAUGGUCAUCAUACAGGGGACUUGAAGCAUGGAUGUGCAUGAACCUAGCUCCGUAUAGCCAUUGUUAUAUGGUGGUUGGAAUACUACUGCUUACCCAAAAGUACUGUAGUAUUAAUAUUGCUGAACAGUGACCAGAACCUUUUUGCAUUAUGAAACGAGUCACAAGGCAUAACAAGGGGCAGAAUGCAAACAGAUUGGAAUCAUGGGUAGCAACAACCCCCAUGCAUUGUAUUACCAUUUGCAAACUGCACAGUCAAAAGAAAAAUCAAAGGGCUAAAACUCAUUGUCCAUCAGAGGAGGCUGCUGGGUAGAGAUAUGACGACGUGCUCAUUGUAAUGGCUGGAAUGG